AUGAAGGCUAAUGGUUUAGAUAAUGAUCCGGCAAGGACGGGAAUGGAAAGAACAGAUAUAGAUAGUGAACACCCAGAAGCGCAACCGUUGCUGAACAACAACCACCGGACCCUUGGUGCAGGAUCCGCGAAUGGCCCAGCAGUUAAUGAAGGUCGUGACAUUGAAUCCGAUGGGUUCAUCAAAGAUAGUCUCUUUCAAAUUCGCAAAGGUUAUAGAAUCUUUAUUCAUAACUCCAAAUGGAUAUUAAAUAUCCUAAUUCUAAUUAACACCAUCUGGCUAGUCACCACUUUGAUUUCAGAUUUCUUUUUCAAUAUCAAUAUUCUUUUCGGAUUCAGUAACAGGUACGCAAGUUUUAACGACUUGACUUUAAUAUUCAUCUCGAUCAUAGCUAAUUCUUUCAAUCUCUGGUUUAAUAAGCUGGGACUGUACUCAGCUUUAGAUUACAGCUUAAAUGUAACUCUCUGUGUUUUGACGUUGUUCAAUCUAGCAUUGACCUAUCUAAUUAAAUACACUAGGCAAAGAAUCGGCUUUGUGGGCACGUUUACAUAUUUGUGGACUUCGUUUUCAUUUUUUAUUGGGGCAAUAUUAGAUUGGUAUCUCUUGUUUUACAACAACUCAAUAAAUGAGCCAUUGGAGGAACGCAGAAUUGAUGAUGCUAAUAUUAGUACUUUCAACGAAAACCAUACAAAUAGUACCGAAAACAGGGACAGAAGCCAAUAUGGCUCUGGGUCGCCAACCCCCACCCACCGCUCGCAGCUGGUCCAAAACAAACAUACAUUGACAGAAUGGGUAUCCAUUGGGUUCAGGAAUACUAUUAAGUUUUUAAUUUUAAUAUUCUUCGCUUUAUUCACCCUGAAUACACUUUUAACGACAUUGGAUACCUACAGAUUGACUCACAAAUUACCAAUAACCGUUCAGUCGCCCUCGUACGAGGCGUUCCAUUACGUAGAUGCCGCUAAAACCUAUCAGUUGCAUAUAACUUGUUAUGGUGACGUAUUUGAUCAAGAAAACAACACAGAUUUGUCUGAAAAUAAGAAGCAACCUAUCAUCUUGUUUGAACACGGAGGUUAUGAUACUGGUUACCUUUCUGCCACCUGGAUUGAGGAACUAUAUCAUUUAGACAAAAUUCAAAGAUAUUGUCUAUACGAUAGACCAGGGUACGGGUUGAGCGAUUCUCCUCCCGCCCCAAUCUCUAUUGCGAUGGUUGCGGAAUCUUUAAGGUACGCAUUGAUCAAAGAUGCAAAAAUUAAAGGUCCCUUCACUACAGUAGGAUACGACCUUGGCGGGCUAUUUACAAGAGUAUUUACCGCCAAGAAUGUCGAUAUUGUGGAUAGCAUGAUGCUUGUUGAAUCAUGGCAUGAAGAACUAUUGUUAAAAAACUACAUUCAAAGAUUACUACCUCCAGGCCGUGGUGAUGGCGACGAUGGCGACGAUGGCAAUGGUAAUGAUGGGGAUGGCCGCAACCAUGAUAAGACUUGGUUACCUUCGGAGAUAGAAAGGCAUAACGAAUUUAGAUUAUGGUGGAAAGGCAUUUGGUCGAGUUUAGGAUGGAGAUUACAGACUUCAUGGUUACUAGCUCAUCAUGGGUCUAAAGAACGUAUAUAUGGGCGUGAUAUGAAAUAUCAAGGACGUUUCUUGCGUUCCAAGUUUUUGGAAAGCGUGACGAGUUCAAUUCUAAGUUACAGAGAUGUGACAAACAAUGCAGAAUCUUUGCAAAAUGUGAAGACAAGCAUCGUUAGCUCUAAGGAAAUGGUGAAGAAGUCGGCAUUAUGGGGCGAUUGGCAAAGAGAUUUGACCAAAAUUUCUCACAAGACUCAAGAAUGGAAAAUAGUUGAAGGUGGGCAUGAAAUAUAUAAGUAUGGUCUGGGCAAACAACAAACUCAAGAAGUCCUAUUAAGAUUAAUAGGUGAGCUUGGCAAACUAACCGAGGAUUAA